CCACACCCUGCCGUUAGGGUUGUCGAUUGGGACUGCAAGUGUCUGGCAGUGUGGGCUGGGGCCUCUUCAUUGAGGCAGACUUGCUUCUGGCCCCGGAGGGCAGCUACCCCAUGCUUUGCUGAGCAGGUACCAUGCUUCCACGCUUCCUGCUGUUGCUGAGCCUCUUGGGCCCUAGCGACAGCCUCCAGUCAUGGGACAUCCAAGAGCACCGAACCAAGGCAGCCUCGGGCCCUGGGCCUCUUCGGGAACGGAGACAAGCAGCUGGAGAUGAUUAUUUGGAGUAUGAUUAUUUGCCGGAAGGCACAGACCCCCCAGAAAUGUUGAUCAAUGUCACCAGUGCGGUGGCUGCAAACCCUGAGUCUCUGACCAUGAUGGCCACGCUGGAGCAGAGAGUUUCUGUGGGGGCUGGAACCUCUGAGUCAACCACUGCCGAGGUUACCGCCACCCGUCCUGCUGGUCCAGACGCAAGAGGACUGGCUGUUGAAAUAAGCACAGAAUCAGCCACACAGUGGAGGCCAAGCAUAGUGGAGAUGACUAUCCAACCAGCAGCCACGGAGGCAGGGACCUCAGAGCCAGCACCCACAGAGGCAGAGACCUCACAGCCAGCACCCACAGAGACAGAGACCUCACAGCCAGCACCCACAGAGACAGAAACCUCGCAGCCAGCACCCACAGAGACAGAAACCUCACAGCCAGCACCCACGGAGGCAGAGACCUCGCAGCUUCCUAGGAGUCAGGUUGUAAAAAGUCUGUUCACAGAGGCCACAGCCACAGAAGCACCUUCUACAGAACCCACUGCCACGGAGACCAUGCCCACGGAGUCCACUGCCACGGAGACCAUGCCCACGGAGUCCACUGCCACGGAGACCAUGCCCACGGAGUCCACUGCCACGGAGACCAUGCCCACGGAGUCCACUGCCAUGGAAACCAUGCCCACAGAGUCCACUGCCACAGAAACCAUGUCCUCUGACUCAGCCAUCUUUCUUGGGUCAUCUGUGACUCAUAAGGACAAUGAUAUGGCUACUGGCCACUUGAAUGACAAUGGCUUGAAGAAUGGGCUGUUUGUGACUCCUAGGAGCUCUCUGGCCACAACGACCCCAGGGAUCUCGGACCUCAUCCCCGUGAAGCAAUGCCUGCUGGUCAUCCUCAUCUUAGCCUCUCUGGCCACCAUCUUCCUGGUGUGCACAGUGGUGCUGGCAGUCCGCCUUUCCCGUAAGAACCACAUGUACCCGGUGCGGAACUACUCCCCCACUGAGAUGAUCUGCAUCUCAUCCUUGCUGCCUGAGGGGGGUGAAGGGGCCCCUGUCACAGCCAAUGGGGACUUGCCCAAGGUCCAGGACCCAAAGACAGAGCCCAAUGAGGACCGAGAUGGGGAUGACCUCACCCUGCGCAGCUUCCUCCCUUAGCCUCCCUGGCUACCUGAGCAAGGCCCUUGCUGCACCUCCACCCACUGUCCGCCAAGGCCACAGAGCUGGGCUUCCUGGGUGGACUUUAUAGGGAUCUUCAGGGAAGGGGCCUGGACCCACCCCAGUCAGGGCCCAGAGCCUCCAAAAUCCUGCAUCUUCUGCUUCAUUCAUGGAGUCCAAAGGCCUCCAGGCCAAGGACCAUGGUAGCAGCUGCUGCUCCUGGACACCUCUCUCCGACCUGUCUGCUGUUUUUUCUGUCGCCCCAGCCACAAUGCCUCCCAGUGCUAUGCAGCUUCCUGCAGGUCACUGAAGUCCUGGCUGCACAUCCCCAAGAAAGAACGAGUUCCCUUACCCCACUCCCAAACCUUCCUCUCAGUUGCCAUGGUUGCCUGAUAAGAAAGGAUCUCUGGGAAGGCUGCCCUCUGGCCACGUCUGUUUCUCUAUGCAGUGAGGGGCAGCUCUCAGCUUUCCCAGGCACCUGUCUGAGGAUCCCAGGACCAGGCUUGGGUCUUGUGAAGCCCCGAGCUUCUGUCUGGUGGCACAGCACAGGCACUCAAUAAAAGUGUAUGACAAA